AACACAUAUCCGGUUCCGGUCUCUCUUUUUUCUGUUUGUUUUUAUGAACCGUGCUUCUCUUUCGAUUUUUUACACGCUCGCAUGAACCGAGCUCCGCUAAAACCUCCGCGGAGUCCCGGAGCUCCGCGGCCGCCUGGAAGGUUUCCGUCCCCGGCCUCUUGCUGGGGUUUCCCCGGACCUCGCUCCCCGUACGGAGGCUCUGGAUAUCGCGGACAGUCUCCGCGCGGCUGCGCCGCUCACAGUCCGGAUUCCCCGGUCUUUUCUUCACACUCCAGUCGAGGACACUGGGACCGUUCUCCGGGCCGGUUCGGCAGCGGAUACCGAGGCUUCGGAGGAUCGCCGCGGUGCAGGGGGGACGGUUUCCGUGGACCUCGGUCCUUCAGUCCCGGCUCAGCUUCUAAGUUACAGUCGCGAUCGUCAGACGCUGCAGUCGACAAAUAUUUCAGUCCAUCCAUGCUGAAGGAUCCGUGGGCGGAGCUAAAGCCACUGACAAACACGGACGCUGCCACAGGAAGACGCACAAGAUGGACAACAGACACACAACAUUAACAACACAAACAAGAUGGAAAACAGACACACAACAUUAACAACACACAAGAUUGGACAACAGACACACAACAUUAACAACACACACACAGACACACAGCAUUAACACACAUAAAAUGGACAACAGACACACAACAUUAACAACAGACACAUAACAUUAACAACACAUAACACAUAAGAUGAAGAACAGACAUCUUUAUAAAGACGUCUAAAGACUCUGAGGGUCAGAGGUCAGGGGUAAAUCCCUUGAUUUGUAAAUGUUUUUAACAAACAUUUUUAAACAUGUUUUUAAAUAAAUCUUUUAAAUUGAAA